CUCCCAUGAUACACCGAGCACAUUUCCGGGUUUGACAUCACUUCCGCCGCUCUGCUGCAUUGUGGGAGCGGGAAAACGUUACAAAUACUCACGUUGCUGCUUCCGUUUGUUUGGGGAACCGCAAAGAUUUCUUGUUAAUUAACGAGCGAAUAGAGAUUUUCAUCAUGUCUAUCGGAGUCCCCAUUAAAGUUCUGCAUGAAGCUGAAGGUCACAUCGUCACCUGUGAGACCAACACGGGAGAAGUUUACCGAGGUAAACUCAUCGAAGCAGAGGACAACAUGAACUGUCAGAUGUCCAAUAUCACGGUGACGUAUCGCGAUGGCCGAGUGGCACAGCUGGAGCAGGUUUAUAUCCGUGGCAGUAAGAUUCGCUUCCUCAUCCUGCCAGACAUGCUAAAGAAUGCUCCAAUGUUGAAGAGUGUGAAGAAUAAGAACCAGGGAGCUGGAGCUGGCAGGGGCAAAGCUGCCAUUCUUAAAGCUCAAGUGGCUGCGAGAGGUCGAGGCCGGGGUGGCCCAGGAGGACGAGGAAACAUCUUCCAGAAAAGACGAUAGUUUGAUUCCCAGAACUCUGUACAGGUUUUGUUUUUUUUUUUUUUUUUUUUUUUGACACUUGGAGUUGGAGCCAAUGUUUUUUUCCUCCUGUUUUUUUUUUUUUCAUUUAUAUCUGAAUUGGAGUAAGAAACAUGAAUUUUGGCGUAAUUGUACACUUCAAUUAAUGUUUCAUAUGGUAAGGAAUUGAGCUUUCUUCAGUAUAACCUUUUUUUUGUUUGUUUGUAAAAUGUGUUUGUUUGGAAUACAUCACACACUUUAAUAAAGGUUUUUACAAUUUAA